AUGAAAAAAGCUGAUGCAGCGUCGUUUAGCUCGUCAUGGUGGCCAUAUGCUUCCUUCGAGGAGCUUCGCAUCGUAACACAUCUCUCAACUUGGUUGUUCGCCUGGGAUGAUGAAACCGACUCUGCGGAGUUCUCUGAUCUUAUUCAUGACUUCGAGAAAGCCAAUAGAUUCCGCGAAGAAACUAUUUCAUUCAUCCGAGCUUGCUUAACUGGAAAUAAAGAUACCAGCACAAUAUCAUCAAAGGCCAUCAUUACAGACUUCGGUCCAAUUGGAGAUGCUGUACGUGCGAAAUACACUCAUGAGCAGGCGAGCGAGUUUUGCAAUGAGCUGGUCUACUUCGUCCGAUCUACCGAAGUCGAACACUGCGUCCAAAUCUCAGGGCACUUGCCUACCGCCGAAGAAUACAUGCUACGUCGGAUGGGUUCCAGCGCAGUGACAGCCUGUCUUGCACUGACUGAAUUCUGUUACGGUAUGCAGAUUCCACGAUCCAUCAUGGUUGACGAGUGCAUGCGUUUAAUCUCGGACGCAACCAACAUCAUCAUCUCCCUGAUGAAUGAUAUUCUCUCAAUCAAGAAGGAAGUUGCCCAAGGCCAAGUGGACACGAUUCUUCCUCUCCUGUUCCUCAAGCAUGGCUCGAUUCAUCGAGCCAUAGACAUCACAACGUGUAUCAUUGAGGACUCAGUGCAGAGCCUGGACACUGCUGCUGAGCGACUGUUGGAGAAGUACACUGGGGACUCUGCCGUACAGUCGGACUUGCAGAAAUACAUUGAGGGGUGCAAAUAUGCCUGCACUGGAAACCUGAUCUACGAUCCGAUAGAUUUGGAGUAUGUGAACAGAGCACUCGCGGCGGUAUACAUGUGCGGCUACCCGUUUUCGUCUUUCGGCCUCUUAGGCUCCUACUUCGGAGUCCCUGGCCAAAAUGCAACAUACGACUACGUCAUCAUUGGUGGCGGAACGGCAGGCCUCACUGUAGCGAAUCGGCUUACAGCAGACCCUUCCGUAUCCGUGGCCGUGAUCGAAGCUGGCGAUUUCUACGAAUUCGCUAAUGGAAAUAACUCGCAAGUACCAGCAUACGCCAGUACCUUCACAGGAAGCAAUCCGGUAACCAAGAACACCCUCCUGGAUUGGUAUAUGUAUACCGAGCCUCAAAAGGCGCUAAAUGGCCAGACAUUGUUGUUCGACUCGGGAAAAGUUAUCGGUGGGUCGAGUGGUCGCAACUUCCUUUGGUAUAUCAGAGGAACAGUAGGCGCGUUUGAUAAGUGGGCCAAAGAGGUUAGCGAUGAAAGUUACAAGUUCAGCAGCCUCCUUCCAUUCUUCCAAAGGAGCAUACAUUAUCACAUACCAGAUAACAGCAAACGUCCGGCGAAUGCCUCCCUGCAGUACAAUGCCUCGGACUGGAGUACCUCUGGCGGGCCGAUUCAGGUCGGCUACGCAUCCUGGGUCAACCCAAUUACAUCUUGGCUGGCCAAAGCCUUCUCGGAGCUUGGUUUAGAGGAGCUCAAAAGCUUUGGGAGCGGAAAGCUUCUUGGGUGGUCCUAUAUACCUCAAGAGCUCGAUCAAGAGACGCAAAUGAGAAGCUCCGCGGCCGAAUUCUUCCACGAGUCAAUCUCUCAGGGACGACGAAUUAGGCUUUACAAGGCUACCCUCGCGAAAAAGAUCCUAUUCGACGGCACCAUUGCUCGCGGCGUACGUGUGGAAAGCGGCGGCAUGAUAUACCAGAUUAUGGCGAGUCGAGAAAUUAUCCUCUCUGCAGGCGUCAUGCGCUCCCCACAAAUGUUGAUGGUGUCGGGAAUUGGCCCCAAAGCUAUAAUGCGACAGCAGGGUAUUGAUAUAGUUGUCGACAGACCAGGUGUGGGCCAGAAUAUGUGGGACAAUAUCUUGGUCGGUCCGACCUAUGCGGUAGACGUAACGACUCACAACAGUCUUGCAAACCCUUCAUAUCUGGCAGGCGCAGUCAGCAAAUACAACCAGAACCGGACGGGAAUGCUCACAAAUGUGGGAGGCGAUAUUGCGGGGUUUGAGAAGGUGCCUCGUGGGGUAAUUCGGAACUACACCUACGACUCUUUACGGAAGACUUUUUCGGAUGACUGGCCCAACUUCCAAUACCUGGUCCUAGACGCUUAUUUUGGCACUGGGAACGACAGUAGCACUGGGAUAACAGACGGGAAGCAGUACGUCGCAGCCUCAGUUGGCUUAGUCUCGACCUUCUCUCGUGGCAAUGUCUCCAUUCGCUCUCCAGAUACAGCCGUCAACCCCGUCAUCAGCCCCAAUUGGCUCGAAGACCCACGGGACCUUGAGAUGGCAGUGCUAGCAUUCCGCAAAGGUCGUAAACUAUUCGCCACGAAGGCGAUGAAACAGGUAGCGAGGGCUGAGGCCUUCCCUGGUGGCAGGCUCAAGACCAAUGCGGAGAUUGUUGAUGUCGUUCGAAAGAGCGCAAAUUCGGUAUACAAUGCUGUUGGGACCAAUAAGAUGGGACGAGUGGAUGAUCCAAUGGCUGUGGUAGAUUCGAAGGGACGGGUGAUCGGCGUCUCGAGAUUACGUGUUGUUGAUGCAUCGAUAUUCCCCUUUCUACCUCCCGGACAGCCUUCGGCAACAGUCUACGCACUGGCAGAGAAGAUCUCUGCUGAAAUUCUAUUUGCGUGA